AUGGAUUUAACAAUUGGAAACAUGCUGAUGUACCUUUGGCAGGGCAUUAAAAUGGAUUCCUUGCGUUAUCUCAAGAUUGCUCAACAUGUCAACAAGUAUGGGAAUCCAGGAAAAGGCAAUACUUCAUACCGAUUCACAUAUGAUGAAAUCAUAACACUCAUAGGAUCUGCAGUACAAGAAAAAAUCAUUCAAGAAGUCAAAGGAGCCCAAUAUUAUUCAAUGAUCAUUGAUUCGACUCUAGAUAUAUCACACAUAGACGAACUGAGUAUUGGCGUAAGAUAUGUUAAUCCUUUUGGACAGUCUGCUGAACGAUUUCUGGCGUUUGUACCCAUUUUUAGCCACAAAGAUGUAUCUCUGGAAGAAGCUAUUAUGAUACAACUUGAAAACUGGGGUUUGGAUAUAAAAGAAUGUCGAGGACAAUUCUACGGCAGGGCUUCUAAUAAGUCUGGCAUCUACUGUCCGUGUAGAAAUUUCCCCGGUUGGCCCUAA